AUGAACUGGAAUAAAAAACUGUGCCUAAUUGCAAGAAAGCAAUUCAAAAGGGAGUCGAAUGCACGGCGUAUCCUACUGAGGGGUUCAACACACCUUCAAGGUGUUCUACCCUCUCAAAAAAAUUACCUACCUUUACAAGGCUUAGUACGACGUUCAAUGCAUGGACGAUUUUUCGGUAAACAUGGAGCAGCAGCAAGUGCUGGACGUUUCUUAAGAGGACCCAGGAAUUUCGGAACAGCACGUACCGCAACAGAAACGUUACUUCUUCGAACUACCAACGGUGCAGACUUUUUGAAGCUAAUUUGUGGACGACGAGAGCCAGUUAGUCUUUUCAGAGAUACCUGA